UGUGCAAGAUAUUUUGUAACAUGUCGCUGUGGCGUAUUGGCAUCAGUUUUUUCGGAAGAUGGAUCGUUCGGCGGCGGCUUACUUUCGGUGUCGUGGUUAUUAGUAUUUCUCUCAUAGGCUGUUUGUUGCUGUUUUCUUCCCCAAAGAGUGAAAAAUUUCAACCUUCUGUUAGUACUAUUCCGUGUAAUUGUCCGGUCUGUGCGAGCAGUCAACAAUCAGAACCGAAAGCAACCGUUGAAGGACCUUUAGCGGAAGAACCUACACUUAUUACACGGGAACUGAAGCGCGGCUCUCUAAAUCUUCACGUUUGGUCUGAAGUAUGCGGCACGAGUGUCGAUAAUUUAAGAAAUUGGCCCCAUUUUCCUUAUGACCCACACAGGCGCUCAUCUGUAACGACAUUUCAUUUUAACGAAAAUCCCGCUUCAAAAUCCACUGGAUAUAGAUUCUUUGGAUUCGUCCAUCCUCGGGAAAGCGGUGAGUACAAGUUUGCUAUAUCAUCCGAUGACACAUCUGAAUUAUGGUUAAGUUCAAAUGAAGACCCUGCUUCCAGUACGUUGAUCGCUCGUGUUUAUUCUCGUACUGAAAGUGCUUGGACUACAGACGGAGACUACAAAAAGUAUGCGGAGCAAAUCUCUAAAGAGGUCACCCUUCACGCCGGUAAAAAAUAUUACAUUGAGUCUUUACUCAAACAGGAAGCUGGGGCGGUUCAUUUGGCCGUGUAUUGGUCUCGUAAUUCAACUUUCGAAAUCAUAACCUCUGAUUACUUGACGAGCUAUGAUGAUAUUCCCCUACAUGUGGCCAAACAGCGCAGCUUUAUACUCCAAAAGAAACGGAAGUUGUUUUAUUUUCAUCGUCUUCCUCUCAUUGACCGUUCUCAAUAUGAUGGCACUUUGCCAAACUGUUCUUACAUCCCGAGCUUUCUGGUGCGCAAGAAACUAGUUAAAUACGAAAGUGUUUGGAUCCAACGGGAGUCACACGUGUACCCGCGUGAUGAUACGAUUGUGACCAAGACGGCCAGGACUAACGAAUGGACGCACACCAACAAAGUUGCAGAUAAGGAUCGAGUAACCGCUGUCGUAAACAACUUUAUGAAUUCUUUACCGUCCGGAAAAUACUUUUUAAAGAAAAUACACAAAGUGACUCAAAAGCCAGACACAAAAAAUGGCGAUCGCUUCUUAUUGAACCUUGAACUUGGCGCACAGGACACCAAUCAAACAUUUCGGCUGUCAGAGCACGUUUACCAAGCGAAGGGCAAAAACGACUUAUGCCUUCCUGAUGGAAUGAACUGGAAUAACAGCGCUACGAUUUAUAUCGUUCUACCUGUUAAGGAUCAAGGAAACUGGGUGCACUAUUUCAUUGAACAGCUCACUUACGCCAGCCAGGCCACUGAUGACAGUAAUUUUCACGUCAUUGUGACUGAUUUUCAAAGUAAAGACAUUGAUAUGGCCAAGGCUUUCAACACACCUUUACUUCAAAGCAGACAUAGUAUUGUCACACUAACCGGUUACUUCUACAAGACACUGGCCCUAAACGUCGCCAGUGAGCUUGUUUCCAACCCGGAGGAUAUCAUUUUCCUGUUUGACUUGCAUAUUGACUUUCCCGUGGAUAUUUUGGACCAAGUUCGAAUGAAUACCAUUAGUGGUCGAAUGGCUUAUUUUCCUAUCGUUGGCCGACUGAAUUGUGACAGCACUUCAGAAGAACAUCUAGGGUUUUGGCAAUGGAAUGGGUUUGGAAUUGCGUCUAUGUUUAAAUCUGAUUGGGAGAGAUUCGGGGGGAUGAAUGUUCUGGAAUACAAAUACAAAUGGGGUGGGGAAGAGUGGGACCUUCUAGACCGUGUGAUGCAGCUACCCUUGGAAGUGGAGCGACUUAGGCACCCAGGCCUCUAUCAUCAUUAUCAUGCCAAAAUGAAAAAGUGGAAUUAGGAUGGGAUCAGUGAGAUGAGUCAAGAAUAAUAAAUGAGGUUCAAACUUACGAUUCAAGAGGUCUAACACAAGAAUUGCCAUGGAUAUCUAUGAUAUAAAUUUUUAAAUAAGAAUGUUGGAUGAGAUCCAACAGAUUCCUUUUUUAUGCACUUCGAUUCAUCUUUAAACUCUUUGCCGUGUAAAAACCAGGCUGAUUAGCAGUUUGGUAUUAGUUUAGGAAGUCUCUCGAUGAAUUUUACUUUGUGUAGCAUUGUUACUCAAGGUUAUCGGUAGUUAGUCUUAUUUUGUUAUUUUGAUCUAUUUCCAUUUUUUUCCUUUAAACAUCCCAUUGACAACAGUACUUAUGUACUGAUGGGCUAUCGUGUAUAAAUAUUUGUUAUUCUUAAUAUCAUUGAUAAAAUUAAAGUAAAUGAAUUUAAACUUGUUUACUUUCUGUGGCUUUUCUCAGCUUUAUCGAGGAUACAGACUGCAGCUGUGAAACAGCAACAAAAAACAAUCAUCAGUAAAGAAAAUAGGUUAUCAUAAAAUUUGAAUAGAAAGCGAGUUAGGAGGAUGUAUUAGCAAGGAAAUAACAAUGCUAGGAACCAAGAAAUUGUUAAACACUGAUAAAGGACCAUAGAAAUUUGCUAAUUGUGACUAAGUCAACUCGAAUAAUGAGUAAGGCAAACUUUAAGUCCUUUUACUUGAAGUACAGUUUUCAGUGAAUUAUUAUUGGUUUACACGAGUUUGCUCAGUCGAGACGCUUAUGAAAAUUCUCUUCAUAAAUGACAUCUUUAUGGAAUACACGGUGUUAGGUUAAAGUCAUUUGUCACAUUAUUUAUUCUUUCGUUACAAUACGUACAGUGAAAUGGGUACAAUUAAGUUCCCUAGGGCUCCAUUUCAGAUCGUUCGUUGUUUCUGCUGUAUGUGAGGGAUCUUUAUAGAUAAAUGUGUCUAUGGAUUUGGAGUUUUUUUGUGGUUAAGUUUUUUCUUAUUGUUUUUUAACUAAUUUAUUACACGAGUGAAUACUUGACAAUUUACAAAAACAAUACAGAGUGCAUAGUUUUCUACACUUCCAGUUUACAGUUAUCAUAAUAAUGAUAAAACAAAGUGAAAACAAACAAAUCACAAGAAACACUAUGGGUUCAAGAAACAACAUAAAGAAAAACUAAUCGCCAACAUAAUUUAAUUUUUCCUUUUUUUGUUGUGUUUAGUCAUCUGAUUUUGAUUUGCUGCUCUUUUUCAUAGAUUGUUUUAACCUUGACUAAGAAUGUGUUUAAUGUUGAAUCUUUACCAUUUACUAUUUGCCCUCAUGAAUAAAGAAUUUUGUUAUGAAUA